CAUCAUCGUCGUUAAAUCGGGAAAAGGAGGUUCUGUCCGAAAAAAGAACGACGCCGGCAGGAAGCACAAGGCGAUGGAUAAACAGCCGGCGAGCAGCUGGAGCAUCCACACCCGGCCGGAGGUAAUCGCCAAGUACGAGAUCUUCGAGCGAGUCGGAUCCGGAGCCUACGCCGACGUGUACCGAGCUCGCCGCAUCUCCGACGGUCUCACCGUCGCUCUCAAAGAGAUCUUCGACUACCAAUCGGCCUUCCGGGAGAUCGACGCCCUAUCGAUCCUCCACGGAUCUCCCAACGUCGUCGCUAUGCACGAGUACUUCUGGCGCGAGGACGAGAACGCAGUGAUCGUCCUCGAGUUCCUCAGGUCUGAUCUCUCCGCGGUGAUCCGUGACGCCAAGAGGAGGAAGAAGAAUAAAGGGGAUGGGCUCUCCGUUGGGGAGAUCAAGAGAUGGAUGGUUCAGAUUCUCAAUGGCGUUGAUGCUUGUCAUCGGAAUCUGAUCGUUCACAGAGAUUUAAAGCCUGGGAAUAUGUUGGUAGGUGAUGAUGGAGUGCUCAAGCUUGCUGAUUUUGGUCAGGCUAGGAUACUAAUGGAGCCUGAUGUCGUCGCCACAGAUGAGAACCAACUUGAAGAAGGUAGCAGGGAGCCACCAGAAGUGAUUCCUGAUUAUGUGAACUCGUCUCAGGGAGAACAGGAAGUGUUGAGUAAAGACGAGUACUUUCGGCAGGUGGAAGAGCUCAAGGCUAAGCAGGUUGUGAGAUACGACGACACCGAUAAGGACUCGAACGCGCCUGACGGAGACGCGUCUUGCCUCGCGACGUGUACCGUCAGUGAAAUGGAUGAUGAUUUCGGGAGGAACUCUUUUGCUUACGAUGCUGCUGAUGAGGAGGCAUUGGACGGAGGCGGAGAAGGUUUGAUGACGUCUUGCGUGGGGACCAGAUGGUUUAGGCCACCGGAGCUUCUUUACGGGUCUACUAUGUAUGGGUUGGAGAUCGAUCUGUGGUCGCUUGGUUGCGUGUUCGCGGAACUCUUGUCUCUGGAGCCGUUGUUCCCUGGAGUUUCGGAUAUUGAUCAGAUCAGCAGAGUGACCAACGUGCUGGGGAACUUAAACGAAGAGGUUUGGCCAGGCUGUGUCGAUCUUCCGGACUACAAGUCGAUCUCGUUUGCUAAAGUGGAGUCUCCUCUUGGUAUAGAAGGGUGUCUACCCAACCAUUCAGGGGAUGUGAUAGCGCUGGUUAAGAAGCUUAUAUGUUACGAUCCAGCUAGUAGAGCUACUGCUGUGGAGUUGUUGAAUGAUAAAUAUUUUAAGGAAGAGCCUCUUCCGGUUCCUGUUUCAGAGCUCUAUGUGCCUCCGGCAAUGAGUGGGCCAGAUGAGGAUGAUUCUCCUAGGAAGUGGGAUAACUACAGAGAAAUGGACUCAGAUUCAGAUUUUGACGGCUUUGGUCCAGUGAAUGUGAAGCCUACCAGUAGUGGAUUUACAAUAGAGUUCCCCUGAACCUUAAUGGCUUUUUAAGAUGGAUUAACAGUUGGCCGGGGGUCCAUGAUUGAGAAUCUUGAUCAGCCUGCUUCCCUGAAUCCGUCUGCUGUGUCAAGAAAAUUGGUGUUGUGUAUUGUGUCUCUGGAAUAGAAAACAGUUACAUUUUACAAUCCAAGCUAAAGAGCUUAUAAAAGCUUUUGUAUUAUCUGUGCUAUCCAUUUUUGUAUUUUGUCAUAUCAACAUGUUUAAUAACUUGCUCUUUUCAUGGUCAUCAUAGUUGAUGAUGAUAGUUCAAUGAGUCACGGAAUCCUCUCAUUGUCA